AUGCCUUCACUCUUGGACCACAAUGCACAAGUUUCUCUGUCACAUAGGGUAUGUCAUGCAGACGCCUUGAACUUGGCUCUUCAGACCAGAGUUCCUUGUGUGAAACAGCUGCAGCCACAGCCAGGUUGGAGAGCUGUGUGUAGAAGCACCACUAAGGAAGCCUCAAUCCAAGAUGGCGGUGGCACACCAUAUGCACAGACUCUGCGCCUGCACCCGCCACAGCAACCUGGAGCUCAAGUAGCCUGCCUGCACCAGACCCACAAGAACUCCACCCCCUCCCUCGCUGAUGAAGUGAAGUAG